AUGUAUAACAGUAAUUACUCUUCGAGAAUCGACUCUAAGAUCGGUCGUGAAGACAUUGGUCAGUUCGAUCCACAGGAGGACUCAGAUGACUCGCACGCUCUCCUGGACUUCUUUCACAAAAAGCUUCGAUGGGCUCGUGUCAUCGGAAGCCUUGGACCCAACAAUACCAACUGGUACGGAACCUGUAUCAUCAUCUGGAACGGCGUAGACCUCAAUAUCAAACGGCAUCUGCGUGAGCCGGAAGAAAAAGAGGGCCUGGAAGGCUGCAUGAAAGUCAUCACAAAGGCCAACCGAACCAUCAUUGGCCGAGGCUUCCUCAAAAUCUUGGAGCACAAAGUUGAGAGCAGACAAGGCAGAAUAUGCGGCGUGACCAAGAAAGACUUGACGCUGACAGAGUGGCCGACGUUCAGUUUUUACUUGCCUGGAGAAGAUCCUCAGGGAAACUUCAUCCCCACAAAAUUUGCCAAGCCUGGAUGGGUAGUCGAUAGCGACCUUGCUCCCAAGCUCUUGCUCGGAAACGACUUCCUUAACCCACACGGAGCAAACGUCGACUACACCUUCGAAAAGGCUACCUUGUGUCACCUCGACGACUUCUCCAUCGAUUUCCAGACCCAGACCCGGAGCAGACCGUGUGUGAGGAAGGUCACUUCGCAAAAGAAGAUCGUGUUGCUGUCCGGACAAACAGCACACAUCCCAGCCAACUACAAACCUUUGCCGAACGACAGAAGCUUUCAAUUCAACGCGAAACACCCAGCCGCAAUGAACUCGGUACUCGAAGCAAAGACUCCUCGAGUCGUGGUGGUCCAAAACGCCACCCCUGGUAUCCUCACCAUCUCCAGGAACUCGACGUACACGGCAGAAGAAUGGGGCAGGGUCUUGACGAGACAAUUUUUGCUAUCCGACUAGGGACUACCCAAGGGAAUCAUAUCCGACCGCGACAGGAAGUUUACUUCAGAUUUCUAGAAAGGAAUGUGGAAAGGUCUCGGCACGAAGCUCUUGAUGACAACCGC